CCACCCUAACAAAAUGGAAAGGAAAAGAAGAAAAAAAACCAGAGGCUCUCACAUUAACAACAAGUCUCAAAGAUUUGUAGCAUUAGAAAACAAUAUAUAAUAAUAAUAUAAAGAUAAAAAAACCAAAUUCAAGAAUUCUUCUUCCAAGAUAAAAGCUACUUCAGCAACUUAUAAGCUAGUUUUGAUUUCAAUGGCUGCUUCUGCUUUUCUUGGGAGCUGGGGUACUUCCAUUGCCGGCGAAGACUACGCCGUGCUGCAGGCAAAGGCGGCGGCGCCGCCGAAUGCGAGGGCGGUUAGAUGUCAGCCGAUGAUGAAGAAUGUAAAUGAAGGGAAAGGUAUAUUCGCUCCGGCGGUUGUAGUCACGCGCAAUAUUGUUGGGAAGAAGAGGUUCAACCAGCUUAGAGGGAAAGCCAUUGCUCUUCACUCUCAGGUGAUCACGGAGUUCUGUAAAUCGAUAGGAGCAGACUCAAAGCAACGACAAGGGCUCAUUCGACUCGCAAAGAAAAACGGAGAGAAACUCGGAUUUCUUGCUUGAUCUCGGUAUAUAUAGGUUUUUAAAGAUUGUACCGAUUAACAUUCAGAAGCAUAUUUUUGAUUCAUUAGUUCAAAACUU